AUGAAAAAUUUUUCAGUAUUUUAGGUAUACUUAAUUUUUUAUUUUUAGGGUUUAAUUCUGGCCUAUGGACAACACAAUUUUGAGGAAUAUUCUUUUAACGAGUAAAUUUCAUAUUUUUUGUAGAUUUAAUUCUAUUCAAAUUUUCAAAUUCAUGUUUGA